AUGGUGACUGACAUGCAGCUGGCCAUUUCUGCCUACAUGCUGGUGGUUUCCCUCUUCUUGCUGGUCAUCCUCUCUCACUACAUAGCCAUCAACAACCCCAAGAAGCAAGAAUGACCACUCAGCUUCACCAUCACAGCCGAUACAGCCCUGGAAAGAGCAGAGCCCUGUUGCCAGCACCAUGAAGCAUUGAGCCUUGGAUG